GAAUCAGCUGAGAUGGACGAGGACGUGGCCGCCCUGGUGGUGGAUAACGGCUCCGGGAUGUGCAAAGCUGGAUUCGCCGGAGACGACGCGCCGCGCGCCGUCUUCCCCUCCAUCGUCGGCCGCCCGAGACACCAGGGCGUGAUGGUGGGAAUGGGACAGAAGGACAGCUAUGUGGGCGACGAGGCGCAGAGCAAGAGGGGCAUCCUCACCCUGAAGUAUCCCAUCGAGCACGGCAUCGUCACAAACUGGGACGACAUGGAAAAGAUCUGGCACCAUACCUUCUACAAUGAGCUGCGCGUGGCCCCUGAGGAGCACCCCGUCCUCCUAACGGAGGCACCCCUCAACCCCAAAGCCAACAGGGAAAAGAUGACACAGAUCAUGUUUGAGACCUUCAACUGCCCUGCCAUGUACGUGGCCAUCCAAGCCGUGCUGUCGCUCUACGCCUCUGGUCGCACAACCGGUAUUGUGAUGGACUCUGGUGAUGGUGUAAGCCACACUGUUCCCAUCUACGAGGGCUACGCCCUCCCCCAUGCCAUCCUCCGACUGGACCUCGCUGGAAGAGACCUCACAGACUACCUGAUGAAGAUCCUCACAGAGAGAGGCUACAGCUUCACCACAACUGCUGAGCGUGAGAUCGUCCGGGAUAUAAAGGAGAAGCUCUGCUACGUGGCUCUGGACUUUGAACAGGAAAUGCAGACAGCCGCCUCUUCCUCCUCGCUGGAGAAGAGCUAUGAGCUGCCUGAUGGCCAGGUCAUCACCAUCGGAAACGAGAGAUUCCGCUGCCCGGAGGCCCUCUUCCAGCCCUCCUUCAUCGGUAUGGAGUCUGCUGGUGUCCAUGAAACAACUUACAACAGCAUCAUGAAAUGUGAUGUGGACAUCCGCAAAGACCUGUAUGCCAACACGGUGCUCUCUGGAGGAACCACCAUGUAUCCGGGAAUCGCUGACCGCAUGCAGAAGGAGAUCACUGCACUGGCACCUCCCACCAUGAAGAUCAAGAUCAUUGCUCCUCCUGAGAGGAAAUACUCUGUCUGGAUCGGCGGCUCAAUCCUGGCCUCCCUCUCCACCUUCCAGCAGAUGUGGAUCAGCAAGCAGGAGUAUGACGAGUCUGGCCCCGGCAUCGUACACAGGAAGUGUUUCUGA